ACUGAAUCCCUCCAGAAUGACAUAUUAUUGACUAUUUUACUUUUCGUUUUGUAUUUUAGAUUAUUUUAUUUAUUUAUUUAUGUUAUCUAGUAAUUUAAUAGGUAUAAACUUGGAUUUACUAUUUAUAUUGGAUAUCACACAAUCACGGAUGCAAGAACAUGGAUACAGAUGCAUUUCCUUAUCGUAUUAUCGGAGUAUAAAAGGAAAAAGAAGGCUUCAUAACGAGAUUUGAACAUCUUUAACCGGAUUUUAUCUACACGAGCAAAAUGGAUGAACUAAAGAAAACAACCGAUGAGGAAGAUUCAAAAAAAUGGUGGGCAGGUAGAUCUUCCAAAGCAACACACAAAUGUGGAAUAAAAUUUAAACCACAACCAAUUUCUAAAAUAUCGGUCCUUGACACUUUGAUGUUAAAAAGAAAGCACAGAAACCCACCCAAUUAUGAAUUAACAAAGAAAAAUAAAGUGAGAGGUAUAAAUGUGGCAACAUUAAACAAUAAACGAAAUAUACCAUCACUAAGUAAUAUCAUUGGUAAUUCUGGAAAAACUUCAAAACUUCUUAAUAGAGAUAGGCUACUUUAUGAAAUCAAAGAACGCAAUUUUGGAAGUAAAUUAUUUAAAAGUAACCAAGAAAAAAGAUAUGGCCACAAUAACAAAGAGUCACAUGAAAACAUUUAUGAAAAAUACAAGAAACAAUCUAUACGUGAAGAAAGAAAGGUAUUAAGAAAAGAUUCAAGCAAAAUCAACAAACAAAAGAUAAUAUUUCAAUGCCCAAGCAAAGCCAAGUUUCCUAAAACAUUAUCUAAUCAUUUCUAUAAAAAAUACUACACCUACAGAAGUACUACUGCGCCAACAAAAAUGGAUACAAACCAAAAUAAACCAGCUAACAUAAAGUCUAACAAAAUGUUUGCUAAACAAUCAGAAUAUCUAAACGAGUCGUAUGAAUCCACUUCUUCACACAAGUGCUUUAAAAAUAAAAGUAAAGACAGAGAUAAAUUAAAAUAUUCAAAGAUUUUUUCAAACUCGGCUAUACGACAAUUUUAUGCUUUUGGAAAGUUGAGGAAGGACAUGGAUAAGAAAAUAGAAAAACCAAAGAGAUCUUCCAAACUACUCUUAGGAAGUGCAAGUUCUUAUAUGACAAAAAGUUUGCGUGAUGACUAUUCUGUAAAGACUGAAAAACAUCUGAAAUCUAUUGACAUCGUCUCUAAAUGGAAAACAUUACAAGAACAGCAGUCUUUAGAAUCAAAUUCUAAAGUAAAGUUGGCAAGGGCCAGUAAUCGUAUACUGCCUACUACAUACAAAAUGUGUUCUAACUCAACACAAAGUAAAUAUUUCCCAAAGAGGUCAAACAAACAAUCAGCAUCACUUAAAAGGUUAGUGAAAAUUCCAGCAACGACUGUGAUGAAAGUAGAAGUAAAAAAAACUCACCCAGAAAAUGUGGAUUGUGUUUGUUGCACAUGCCCAUCUCGGCACUACCCACCAGAAAAGGGUGAUGGUACUGCGGCAGAAACCGCCACUGAAAUGGAUGGUGACAACCUAAAUAUAACUAAGAAAUCGGUAUGUGUCGAUACGAAGAGGAGACAUAAAAAAGGCGUUAAAGACACGUCAGCUACUACUGCAGAUGGUCCUCCAGCAACAAAAUCUACGGGAGCUGGACCAGCACCACCACAAGCAAUGAAAUCUGCUUUCCAUCUAAAAAAGUAUAAAAGAGAUGAACUGAGAAAAAAGAAAAUAAAAUUUGAAAAGACACCUCCAACUUUAAAAGAAAUUAAAAACAUGACGGAACAACAAAUCAAAAUUAAGUUUAAAGCCCCUUAUAUAGAGCGUGAAGAGGCACCAGAGGCUGAUGCUGAAGAGUUUCGUCGAUCAGUGAGGGAUAAAAAAAAACUGAGUGAACUUUACCCUUGGCUGGAAAAUCCAACCGUGACGACAUCAGAGGCAUGCGCCCACGUUUGCUGUAGAUGCCCUGAUCCAUAUGAAGGUAUGACAAAAAUGGGAGCUUAUCCAGAACCGGGGGUUCCAUUUGGAGGUGGAUGGGGAUCCUAUGGGUUUGGAGCUGGGGCACCGGGAGAGCCAGGUGCACCGGGAGCUGAAAGACCACAGAUAGCACCACAAGAAUUGCCAACAAAAGGAGCAUAUGCACCAGGCGGUAUGUAUGGACCACCAUUAUCAUAUGGAGCCAAAGGAAAGUUCCCACCGGCGGGAGAUUGGCAAACGCAAAUGGGAGCAAAAGCACUGCCGGCGGGUUGGCCUCCACCGGGCUGGGUGCCGCCAGGGUGGGUCCCGCCUCCAGGACAAACCCCACCGCCGUGGAGAGCCCCCCCGGGAUGGAAACCUCCAAUGGGGUGGACACCACCACCUGGAUCUAGGCCACCUGAGGGAUGGGAAAAACCCAAAGAUUGGCCUCCAAUAGACGGAUCAAUACCAAAACCUCCAACUAUUGGACGAAUACCACCAGAUGGUUGGGUGCCACCCGGAUGGAAACCUCCGCCAGAUCAAAAAGUUGUGAAAUGGGAUCCGCCUGAGAAUUGGGUACCUCCUCCUGGUUGGACACCGCCUCCAGGAUCGACACCACCGAAGGAAUUCAUGCCUCCAGAAGGGUGGGUUCCUCCUGGGUGGAAAUCACCACCAGGAAUAAAAGUGCCUGUAGAAUGGACGCCACCUCCUAAUUGGAUACCACCGCCUGGUUGGACGCCGCCAAAGGGUGCUAUACCACCCCCGGGAUACCUACCACCAGCGGGAAGUAAGCCACCUCCGGAGUUCUAUCCCCCCGAGGGCUGGGUGCCUCCUGGUUGGAAACCUUCACCGGCAUACAACCCUCCUCCAAAAUGGCUGCCACCACCAAUGUGGCUACCACCACCAGACUGGAAGCCACCACCUGGAAGCCUGCCACCGAAGAAAUGGAUGCCACCGAAAAAAUGGGUCCCGCCUGGUUGGACACCAAGGCCGGGCAUGAAAGUAAAACAAUGGAAUCCUCCACCACUAUGGUUUCCACCAAAUCGAUGGAAACCCCCAGCAGGAGCGAAACCUCCGCCGGUCACUGUAAUACCUCCGCUAUGGGAGCCACCAGAGAAAUACCAACCACCAGUAGAUUACUUGCAACCUGCUCCCAAAGGGUUUUACUACGAUGACGACGAUAAGCUGAAGAAAACUGCCAAGUUUGAUAGGCAAGUGAAGAAACAGGCAAAGAUUGAAAAAAAAGAAGAAAGGGAAAGAAUAAUGAAGUUAAAAGAGCAAGGCCACGACUAUGUUCUCACGUUAGACGCAGCUACUGGCAAAUUUGUUUUAGAACAAAAAAUACCUGAUCCACCGCCAGUUUGUACUCACGAAAAGUGUAUUUGUCAACCUUACACGGAGGAAGAGCUACAGAAAAUGAUGGGCGAGAAUAUUUGUGAAGAGAACCUUUGCACUUGUCCGACGCAAUACAAAAAAGAUGCUUACGCUGAUAAUGUGAGAAUAAAGGAAAUGGAAUUAGCAGCUAAGGAGGCUUGGAUCAGAUAUAUGGAGAUGAGAAGAGCAAGGUUGGCUAAAAUAUUGGCAGCCCUAGAACCAAUCAGGAGGAAAGAACUGGCCGAAGCACUGAAAGCACAAAUAAUGGCAAGAAGGAAAAAGGCUAUUAUUUGCAAGUGUCCCUUAGAGAUGACCGUCGACGAAAUCUUGAAGUCAUAUAAUUCUGAUUAUCGAGCAAAGUUCCGGGACAAGAUACGGCUGGUGGACUUUAUUUUGGUCCUCAAAGACGACGGCGACCCUCGCGUGGAGCAGAUGUGUGCCAACUUCCUCACAGGAGCCCUGAAAGUUGGACUGGAAAUUGAAUUAGAACGUGGAGUGAUGCCCUGCAACUCCCAGCUAGUGUUUGCCAAGGUCCACGCGCCACCGUACAUCAUCGAGAAGUACGGACGGGCAUUCGGCAUUAGGAAGUACUUCAAACGCCAUCACAUCUACUGCGUUCCGUCACCAGAACGCGAGUAUGUCGAGGUUGCCAGGGACGCUACACCGAAACCGAUAAUGUACUCCACCCACGAUAGAAUGAUGAUAGUCAACCAAAUACUGAUGCACUUACCAUACGGCACCGAUACAUUCGAUUAUGGCUACCAUAGAUUGGUGAGCAAGCAUAUUCUUCGAGACGGCUUCGCUCUACACGACGGGCCGUACUUCUUCGUGAGCAACCAAGUAGCGGACAAGGCUCAGUUGAGACAGAUUUUAUAUUACAACUGGGCUGCCCCUUGGUUUGUCUGCUUUAGGACGUGUCCAAUUUUGAUGAUUCAAGAAUACAUGGGCGAGAGAGCUGCGUCUUUUUUCCUAUUCUACUCAUAUUACAACCAGGCUCUAUUUGUGCUCAGUGCAAUGGCGUUUCUGUGCAGCAUAUUUUUAGGUAUAGCGCCUUUUGUGUAUUCUUCUGUUAAAAAAUCAGUGUUCUACGCAUGCGGGGGUGAGCUAAGCGGUAUGACGCUAUGCCCCUACUGCACUGACUUUGACCUGAAGUGGUGUGACUUAAAAACUGUAGGCAAAAACUACUGUAUCACUAACGUGAUCGACAACAUUCUGGAUAACAGUGUCAUGAUUAUGGAGCUGUAUUCUAUACUAUUGAUUUUGUGGGCUAUAUUUGUUCCCUACGCGUGGAAAUAUAAGGAGAGAAAAAUAACUUGGCUCUGGGAGUGUAAUACAGCUACAUCCAAUUCUCAAUGCAACUACAUAAGGAUGAGAAUCCCUCAAAUUAUAAAGCAAGUGGAAGACAAUGCAUUUUUUGUCGCCAAACAAGUCAUUACUGGGAUUGUGAUAUUUAUUUUCAUGGGCCUUUUUAUCGCUACAUUAUUUAUGAAUAUUUGGAUCUUCCGCUAUGCUAGAGAUGGUCUUAUUUUUGGAUGGAUAAAUAUGAUUUUUAAAGAACCAGAUAUACAAAUAAUACGAUUGAUGUUAAUGCUCUUCAAUGGUAUCAUAUUUGCAGCAAUCAGUUGUGCUGCUGGAAUACUAGUGAAACACAUUGUAUAUCUUCUAACGCAUCUGGAGAAACACACUCUGUUUAUGCACUACGAGCGGCAUAUCGUAGUGAGAUACACGUUCAUCACUCUGAUCACUAGUCUGGGCUACCUUGUCUACCAGGCGUACUUCCAUGGCAUUGGCUACAGAUCUCCGAUAGAAAAAUGUCAAUUCCUCUUCAUAGAGUACUACUACCACAUUUGUGGCCCGUUCAACAUUUGUCUUCACGAGAUACUGGUGGCAUACUUGUGUGUGAUGAUAAUAAAACAAUUCCUUAUCCCUUCAUUGUGGUGGGCUAGCAGAAUCGUGACUUGUAAUAAGACGUGUUGCACGAAGUACCCGGCAUGGGAGAGAGAGUUACUUUUGGCACCACUCACAGAGAAGAUGAUCAUGGAUAGAUAUGACUAUAUAAUUGAUCAGUUUGCGUUUUUGGUCACGUUUGGCAUCGUGUUUCCGCUGGCUACCAUUCCAUGUUUACUGUGCAACUGCUGGGACUACAAUUACACAGCCAGAUUGUUCCUUAUGAGGCACAGGCGGGCCCUGUUGCCCAGAUUCGCCGGCAUUGGGACAGUAAGAGGAGCCCUUCUCACCAUUGGGUUUAUGACUAUUUGGCUCCAUGCCGGCAUGAUCGCGUGGCAGACCAAGAUAGCGGAACGCCACGUGUACCGCGCCUACUCGCACACGUACAAGAACACCAGCUACUUGCAGUAUCUGGGCGUCAACUUUACCGGCUCCUUGUACAAAAAUAAGACGCUUGCAGAUCCGGAAAUUUCGAAAAAUUAUUCAGCAAGCGGUGGAACUGAUGCUGAAUGCUUUGCUCCAAUCCAGUACCGCAUGACGAUGUUCCUGGAGGCAUACCAGACGGACAUCAAGGACUUCCACAAUAAGUUCGGCAAAGGGCACCCGCAGAAAUGGGCUUGUGGCAGCGAGUGUUACGCCGUCAUGAUGACCAAGUGCAAGAUAUUCAUCCUUUACGUGCUAUUCAUGCACUCCGUGGUGUGGCUGAUAGCCUCACUGUUCGGCACAUCGAGCCGAGUGCGCCAGGUGAGGGUGGCGGAAGCGAAGAUACUCAGCGCCAUAGUGCGCGGCGACCGCCGGCGGAGCAGGAAAAGCGUAGUCCAGGACUUCAGCACUUAUUGUCCUAACUGCUGAUGAGAUUGAAAGCGAAAGUGAUGACGCUAGUGCCUGUGACUUUUAAGCUAAAUUGCCAGCAAAAAGUAUUGUGCUUGUGGCUCAAUAGCUUUUGCUUUGAAGUAUUUUCUUUGAGACAGAAUCGGCGUACGAUUUGAAAUUAAUAUAGGUAGAGGUUUUGAUUGUGAAAAUUGAUUGUACUAAAGUGCUAGUUGGACGUUAAUUUAUUAUGUUUGUGUCUUAUCCGUGAAAGUGAUAUUAAAUUGUUGCAGUGUCUUUUAA